CUAUGACACGGAACCCUACCGGUUGUGUAGUCGUUCCAAAAUCGCCAUAGGGAAGCUCUGUUUCUCAGCUCGGAGCUCAAAUCCUACUUCCUAGCUUCUCGUCGGAAUCCAAUCCCCAACUAUGGAGUUUUCUCAGGAUGAUUUUGAUCGUCUUCUUCUCUUCGAGCACACUCGAAAAACCGCCGAAGCUAACUACGCCGCCAACCCACUUGAUGCUGAUAAUUUGACCAAGUGGGGAGGGGCAUUGCUUGAGUUAUCUCAAUUUCAGAGUGUUUCCGAAUCCAAAAAUAUGAUAAAAGAAGCUGUUGUGAAGCUGGAGGAAGCUUUGGCUAUUAAUCCCACGAAGCAUGAUGCUCUUUGGUGUAUUGGAAACGCUCACACUUCACAAGCUUUUCUGACUCCCGAUAGGGAUGAGGCCCAAGUUUAUUUUGAUAAAGCACAGGAGUGUUUUCAGAAGGCACUAGAUGAGGAUCCUGGCAAUGAACUAUAUCACAAGUCCCUGGAAGUCGCUGCAAAGGCACCGGGGUUCCAUUCGGAGAUCCACAAGCAUGGUACCAGUCAACAGAGUGCAGGGUCUUCAGGCGGGGGAGCUACUGCUGCUUCAAACCCAAAGGUUACUAGUCAUGGAGCUUUUUCUCUUCUUUUGGCAAAGCAUAUGGUCCAUCUGCUAAUGAAGGUUGUUUGUUGUUUUCUUUGUUGUGGUACAAUUCAUAAACACCAGAGUUCCAAGAAGAAGAGCAGCGAUCUAAAGUAUGACAUAUUUGGAUGGGUCAUCCUUGCUGUUGGAAUCGUUGCAUGGGUUGGAAUGACAAAAUCUCAUGUUCCACCUCCUCCUUCGAGGUGAAACUUUUAGAUUCUGGAACUGCAAAUCCACUCUUCUGAAAAGUCUCUUUGCGGGUAUGCCCCUCAUGGAUGUCCCCAACAGGCCAGUGAAAAAGAAUCUCUUCGUUGAUGCAGAACACCUGCAUUCUUCCUGGUAUUUAACUCAUAAGUGUUUCUCAUUUCUAGUGUACCUGGUUUAGCUUUGAGAUCAUUUUUGUUUAGUUGAUAAUUAGCCAAAAUCUCAAAUAUGCUGUAGCAUAACAGUCCUUUAUUAAAGAUAUAAAAUAUCUGAACUUGUAGUUGUUUUUGUUGAAUGAUAUUACAAUGACGGUUCAUUCCA